CCAGGGAGGCGGGGAGAGCCGGAGUCCACCGGUGCGCCCCGCGCGCGCCAGCCUUUAUCCCUGUGCCUCAGUCUCGCAUCCACGCAAGGGGCUAGCGCUCCCCGCGUCCCUUGGGGCCAUCUCUGGGCCCCGUCUGCAAAGCUGGCUGAGCGCCAAGAGGCGCGGGGCACCGGCCCUGCAGGAGCAGGCGUGCCACCCCCGCCCAUCCCGCGCGGGCGCGGGCGCUGGGGCACCGCGAAUCCACGUGAUUUCCCGGCAGCGGCCGCCGGCUCCCAGCACCCGCCGCCUGCCUGCUGCUCUCGGCGCCUACUUUCAGUUUCGUGGGGAGCGCAGCGAAGCCAGGAGCGCAGCCGGGGCCUGUCCUAUGGAAAGAACCUGCAAGUCCAGCACAGGGGCUUGGCCGGGAACCCAUGAGACCCCCUCUGGGGACAUCCUAGGACAUCUGUGAUGAAUCAGGAAGCAGGGCUGGCUCCUCAUGGACCCCAUUAGUCGCCACCUGGGCACCAAGAACCUGUGGGGAUGGCUCGUGAGGCUGCUCUGCAAACACUCAGAAUGGCUGAGUGCCAAGGUGAAGUUCUUCCUCCCCAACAUGGACCUGGGUGCCAGGAACGAGGCCUCAGACCCCACAGAGAGGGUCGUCCUACAACUCAGAAAACUGCGCACCCAGAGUCAGAUCACCUGGCAGGCGUUCAUCCACUGUGUGUGCAUGGAGCUGGACGUGCCGCUGGACCUGGAGGUGCUGCUGCUGAGCACCUGGGGCCACGGAGAAGGGCUCCCCAGUCAGCUGGAAGCUGAUGAGGAGCGCCCACCUGAGUCUCAGCCCCACUCUGGCCUCAAGCGGCCACAUCAGAGCUGUGGGUCCUCCCCUCGCCCAAAGCAGUGCAGGAAGCAGCAGCGAGAACUGGCCAAGAGGUACCUGCAGCUGCUGAGAACGUUUGCCCAGCAGCGUUACGACAGCAGGAGCCCUGGGCCAGGACAGACGGUCGCCUGCCACCGAACCUACAUCCCGCCCAUCUUGCAAUGGAACCGAGCCUCUGUGCCCUUCGACACUCAGGAGGGGACUGUUGCGGGGGGCCCCAAGGCAGAAGAUGGCACAGAUGUGAGCAUUCGGGACCUCUUCAGUGCCAAAGCCAACAAGGGCCCAAGAGUCACGGUGCUUCUGGGGAAGGCGGGCAUGGGCAAGACCACGCUGGCCCACCGGCUCUGCCAAGAGUGGGCCGACGGUCAGCUGGAGCGCUUCCAGGCCCUGUUCCUUUUCGAAUUCCGCCAGCUCAACCUGAUCACAAACUUCCUGACACUGCCGCAGCUCCUUUUUGAUCUGUACCUGAGGCCCGAGGCGGGCCCGGAGGCGGUCUUCCAGUACCUGGAGGAGAAUGCUAAUAAAAUCCUGCUCAUCUUUGAUGGGCUGGACGAGGUCCUCCACCCCGGCUCCAGCAAGGAGGCUGCAGAUCCUGAGGCCUCGGCGUCAGCCCUCACCCUCUUCUCCCGCCUCUGCCAUGGGACCCUCCUGCCCGGCUGCUGGGUCAUGACCACCUCCCGUCCAGGGAAGCUGCCCGCCUGCCUGCCCACAGAGGUGGUCACGGUCAGCAUGUGGGGCUUUGACGGACCACGGGUGGAGGAGUACGUGAGCCGCUUCUUCAGCGACCAGCCAGUCCAGGAGGCGGCCCUCGCGGAGCUGCGGGCCAGCAGGCAUCUCUGGAGCAUGUGUGUGGUGCCCGCGCUGUGCCAGGUCGCCUGCCUCUGCCUCCACCAUCUGCUCCCAGGCCGCUCUCCAGGCCAGUCUGCAGCCCUCCUGCCCACCGUGACCCAGAGCUACGUGCAGAUGGUGCUUUCCCUCAGCCCCCAAGGGUUCCUGCCUGCCGAGUCCCUGAUGGGCCUCGGGGAGGUGGCCCUGUGGGGCCUGGAGACGGGGAAGGUUGUCUUCACUGCAGGAGACAUCCCUCCACCCACGAUGGCCUUCGCGGCGGCCCUCGGCCUGCUCACCUCCUUCUGUGUGUACACGGAACCCGGGCACCAGGAGACAGGCUACGUCUUCACCCACCUCAGCCUGCAGCAGUUUUUGGCUGCCCUGCACCUGAUGGCCAGCCCCAAGGUGGACAGAGACACACUUGCCCAACAUGUCACCCUCAAUUCUCGCUGGGUGCUGCGGACCAAAGCUAGGCUGGGCCUCUUAGACCACCACCUUCCCACCUUUCUGGCCGGCCUGGCCUCCUGCGCCUGCCACCCCUUCCUCACACCCCUGGCACAGCAGGAGGAGGUGUGGGUGCGUGCCAGGCAGGCGGCAGUCAUGCAAGCCCUGGAGAAGUUGGCCACUCGCAAGCUGACGGGGCCAAAGCUGAUAGAGCUAUGUCACUGCGUGGCUGAGACACAGAAGCCGGAGCUGGCCAGCCUCGUGGCCCAGAGCCUCCCCCAUCACCUCUCCUUCCGCAACUUUCUGCUGACCUAUGCCGACCUGGCUGCCCUGACCAGCAUCCUCGGGCACAGGGAUGCCCCCAUCCACCUGGAUUUUGAGGGCUGCCCCUUGGAGCCACACUGUCCUGAAGCCCUGGCAGGCUGCGAGCAGGUGGAGAAUCUCAGCUUUAAGAGCAGGAAGUGUGGGGAUGCCUUUGCUGAAGCCCUCUCCAGGAGUUUGCCAACAAUGGGGAGCCUGAAGAAGCUGGGGUUGUCAGGAAGUAGGAUCACUGCCCGAGGCAUCAGCCACCUGGUGCGGGCUUUGCCCCUCUGUCCACAGCUGGAAGAGGUCAGCUUUCAGGACAACCAGCUCAAGGACGGGGAGGUCCUGAACAUCGUGGAAAUACUUCCCCACCUGCCGCAGCUCCGGAUGCUUGACCUGAGCCGCAACAGUGUCUCCGUGUCAACUCUCCUCUCCUUGACAAAGGUGGCAGUCACGUACCCUACCAUUAGGAAGCUGCAGGUCAGGGAGACAGACCUCGUCUUCCUUCUCUCCCCACCUACAGAGAUGACCACAGAGCUACAAAGAGACCCAGACCUACAGGAAAAUGCCAGCCAGAGGAAAGAGGCUCAGAGGAGAAGCCUGGAGCUCAGGCUCCAGAAGUGUCAGCUCAGUGUCUAUGAUGUGAAGCUGCUCCUCGCCCAGCUCCGGAAGGGUCCACAGCUGGAUGAAGUGGACCUCUCAGGGAACCAGCUGGAAGAUGAAGGCUGUCAACUGGUGGCAGAGGCUGCGCCCCAGCUGCACAUCGCCAGGAAGCUGGACCUCAGCGACAAUGGGCUUUCUGUGGCUGGGAUGCAACGUGUGCUGAGUGCAGUGAGAACCUGCCGGACCCUGGCAGAGCUACACAUCAGUCUGCUGCACAAAACCGUGGUGCUCAUGUUUGCCCCAGAACCAGAGGAGCAGGAGGGGAUCCAGAAGAGGCUGACACAUUGUGGCCUGCAAGCCCAGCACCUUGAGCAGCUCUGCAAAGCGCUGGGAGGAAGUUGCCACCUCAAGUACCUCGAUUUAUCAGGCAAUGCUCUGGGGGACGAAGGUGUGGCCCUGCUGGCUCAGCUGCUCCCCGGGCUUGGUGCCCUGCAGCUGCUGAACCUCAGUGAGAACGGUUUGUCCCUGGAUGCUGUGUUCAGUUUGACCCAGUGCUUCUCUACAGUGCAGUGGCUUCAGCGCUUGGACUUCAGCUCUGAGAGCCAGCACGUCAUCCUGAGCGGUGACAGCAGAGGCAGGCAUCUCUUGGCUGGCGGAUCUUUGCCAGAGUUUCAAGCUGGAGCCCAGUUCUUGGGGUUCCGUCAGCGCCGCAUCCCCAGGAGCUUCUGCCUCAAGGAGUGUCAGCUGGAGCCCCCGAGCCUCUCCCGCCUCUGUGAGACUCUGGAGAAGUGCCCGGGGCCUCUGGAAGUCGAAUUGUUCUGCAAGGUCCUGAGUGACCAGAGCCUGGAGACCCUGCUGCGUCACCUUCCCCGGCUCCCCCAACUAAGCCUGCUGCAGCUGAGCCAGACGGGACUGUCCCCGAGGAGCCCCCUGCUGCUGGCCGACCUCUUCAGCCUGUACCCACGGGUUCAGAAGGUGGAUCUCAGGUCCCUCCAUCACAUGACCCUGCACUUCAGGUUUAGCGAGGAGCAGGAAGGCGGAUGCUGUGGCAGGUUCACAGGCUGUGGCCUCAGCCAGGAGCACAUGGAGCCGCUGUGUUGGUCGCUGAGCAAGUGUGAGGACCUCAGCCAACUGGACCUCUCCGCCAACCUGCUGGGUGAUGACGGGCUCAAGUCCCUCCUGGAAUGUCUCCCUCAGGUGCCCAUCUCCGGUUCGCUUGAUCUGAGUCACAACGGCAUCUCUCAGGAAAGUGCCCUCCGCCUGGUGGAAACCCUUCCCUCCUGCCCACGUGUCCGGGAGGCCUCGGUGAACCCGGGCUCCAAGCAGACCUUCUGGAUUCACUUCUCCCGAAAGGAGGAGGCUAGGAAGACACUAAGGCUGAGUGAGUGCAGCUUCAGGCCAGAGCACGUGCCCAGACUGGCCACCGGCCUGAGCCAGGCCCUGCAGCUGACAGAGCUCACGUUGAACCAGGGCUGCCUGGGCCUGGAGCAGCUGACUAUCCUCCUGGGCCUGCUGAAGUGGCCGGCGGGGCUGCUGACUCUCAGGGUAGAGGAGCCGUGGGUGGGCAGAGCCGGAGUGCUCACCCUGCUGGAAGUCUGUGCCCACGCCUCAGGCAACGUCACUGAAAUAAGCAUCUCUGAGACCCAGGAGCAGCUCUGUAUGCAGCUGGAAUUUCCCCAUCAGGAGAACCCCGAAGCCGUGGCCCUCAGGUUGGCUCAUUGUGACCUCGGGACCCACCACAGCCUCCUUGUCAGGGAGCUAAUGGAGACAUGUGCCAGGCUGCGGCAGCUCAGCUUGUCCCAGGUGAAGCUCUGCAAGGCCAGCUCUCUGCUGCUGCAAAGCCUCCUGCUGUCCCUCUCUGAGCUGAAGAACUUCCGGCUGACCUCCAGCUGUGUGAGCUCUGAUGGGCUAGCCCACCUGACAUUUGGUCUGAGCCAUUGUCACCACCUGGAGGAGCUGGACUUGUCUAACAAUCAAUUUGGCAAGGAGGACACCAAGGUGCUGAUGGGAGCCCUUGAGGGCAAAUGCUGGCUGAAGAGGCUUGACCUCAGCCACUUACCUCUGGGCAGCUCCACCCUGGCCACGCUCAUUCAAGGACUGAGCCACAUGAGCCUCCUGCAGAGCCUCCGUCUAAGCAGGAGCGGCAUUGAUGACAUCGGCUGCUGCCACCUCUCCGAGGCGCUCAGAGCUGCCACCAGCUUGGUGGAGCUGGGCUUGAGCCACAACCAGAUCGGAGACGCCGGUGCCCAGCACUUAGCUGCCAUCCUGCCAGGGCUGCCUGAGCUCAGGAAGAUAGACCUCUCAGCCAAUGGCAUCGGCCCGGCAGGGGGAGUGCGGUUGGCGGAGUCCCUCACCCUUUGCGAGCACCUGGAGGAGCUGAUGCUUGACUACAAUGCUCUGGGAGAUCUCACAGCCCUGGGGCUGGCCCGAGGGUUGCCCCAGCACCUGAGGGUCCUGCACCUGCGGUCCAGCCACCUGGGCCCAGAGGGGGCGCUGAGCCUGGGCCAGGCACUGGAUGGAUGCCCAUACAUGGAAGAGAUCAACUUGGCCGAGAACAGCCUGGCUGGAGGGAUCCCACAUUUCUGUCAGGGGCUCCCGCUGCUCCGGCAGAUAGACCUGAUGUCAUGUGAGAUUGACAACCAGACUGCCAAGCCCCUCGCCGCCAGCUUCGUGCUCUGCCCAGCCCUGGAAGAAAUCAUGCUGUCCUGGAAUCUGCUCGGUGACGAGGCAGCUGCUGAGCUGGCCCAGGUCCUGCCACGGAUGGGCCGACUGAAGAGAGUGGACCUGGAGAAGAAUCGGAUCACAGCUCAUGGAGCCUGGCUCCUGGCUGAAGGGCUGGCUCAGGGCUCUGGCAUCCAAGUCAUUCGCCUGUGGAAUAACCCCAUCCCCCAGGACACGGCCCAGCAUCUGCAGAGCCGGGAGCCCAGGCUGGACUUUGCUUUCUUCGACCAUCAGCCACAGGUCCCCUGGGAUGCUUGACGGCCCCCGCAAGACCCUUCCAAUACAGCCAAGUGAUGUCCGCUUCCAUCCCCCAGGAUAGAGGGCUCAGGAAAAGAGCCUCAGCUGGCUGUCCCGGCACACUGUUCCGGGAGGGAGAGACGCCGUUUUCCAGGCACGGUCUUCAGAAUGGACUUUAUGGGCGACAAAGAGCCUACUAUGGCCAACAGACCACCCUCCAUCACACAUGACAUGCAUGACCAGUCGGGAAUAUGCAGCACAGUGAGGAUGUCGUGGCGUGAUGCAAGACACAGAAGGUUGCACGUGGCAGCGUUCCAUGUGACAUUGCAUGAAACCUGCAGUGUGGCCUGUGGGUUGUUGGCGUGGGUCCUAGCACUACAUGUGAUGGGCAGUCCAUAUUUGAGACGUGGCAAAUGUCCAUGUCAUAUGCCAUGUGGCUGGCCAGAUGCCCUCAUGCUGGUCCAAGAUUUAAUUUAUUAAUUUUUUAAACAAAGUAUGUAUUUAUAGAUUACCUUUCCAGAGCAGCUAAACCAGGGAAUGUCUUCCAAACAAGUGCGAUGAGGAAAGCAUACAAGCACUGAUCAGCCCAGUGGCCUGAGGUCCAGGGCCCUGGGCCAAGCCAGGGAUUUAGCCACGAGGCUUGUGGAUGACUAUCCUCUCGCCUCAAGCCUCAGUUUUCCCAAUCUGGGAACUGGCUCACCCCUCCUGUAGCUUCCCAGGUCUUAGAGCCCAGGUCCAGGUAGCGUUAGCCUGACCUUGGGGAUCACAGGCCUGGGCUGUCCUGUGUAAGGGACAAAGCCAGAUCUAAGGAUGCAGCGGGUGGGGACUGCCAAGUUAGGCAAGGCCGCUGGACCCGGCCACUACCUCAGUGGAUCUGACUGAACUCCCGGGAGCUCACAGUGUUCAUGUUGUUUCCAAGAAGGCCCAAGGAUUGUGAGCCAACUUUGAUCAAUAAAUGUGAGUGAUCUUCCGGCCUCUA